GAUCGUAUCUCUCCGACCAGAUUGUUUCCCGAUAAUCACCAUCGUCCAUGAUGAAGUCAGUUCUCAUCUCAAAGAUCAGGAUCCUCUGCCGCCCGUACCAUCUGUAUGCUUUCUGCCGUGAGUUUAUAUCUUCCAGUUUCGCAGCCGAGAACUCCCAUAGGUAACAUCACCAACACCAUCUUUAAUUCUUUAUCGGCUGGAAAAGUGAGGUGAUCGCCGUAUGCUACUCAGACUCUCUCUUUUAAUUCGUGUUUGAUUAGUGAUGAGGGAUUUUCAAGUGGGAUAUUCACAAAGCUACGAGUUGUUGCCUGCAAGACUGGAGGAGAUUAGGUCACGGCAGAAAUCAUACGCUGAGGCUGAGGGGCGUGAGAAAAUCUUUUUGUUAGAGAUGAGAAGCGAGUUCAUGAUGAGCGAGGGUGAGCAGAUAACAAGAAUCGGUAGUGAGCAAUACGAUAUGACAUGCUUGUGCGAUGCAACGUCAUUGUUUCACGAAUUGAGGUGGAGGCUGGAGGAGUACCGUAUGAGCAUGGAUGGAAUAAACAAGUUAUGCCAAGAGUUGUGUGCAUUUGGAAGACAACUGGUGGCAGUAGCAGAGGCCGGGCAGGCCUGCGUGGCUGUGAUUGUACGUAUGGAUGUGGUGACAGUGCAGCGAGAGGGGGAGUCGUUGGAUGAAGUCAAGAUGAGGGCGCUGAUGCCGCCCAAAUUGAGCCCCUUGUACGUGUGGUCAGACCAGACAGUGUUGCGCAGAGUAAUGAAUGAUAAGCAUAUGGGAACUCUCUGGUAUCUUUCCAUAUGCAAACCAGAAGGCGAAGACGAGGGUGUAUGCUCCAUCUGCCUCUUCAUGAGGGCAUCCAUUGGUGCGCCUAUAACAGAACUCGAGUGUGGUUGUAGAUUUCAUUCCCAUUGUAUCAUUAGGAAGUUGGAGAGGGACAACAAGUGCCCUCACUGCGCUUACCAAGUGUUUGAUGCUGCCUAUCUCACUGUAUCUGCACCACACCAAUGCUAUGAACCAUUUAACAGGAAUCAAGACCUCGCACAAUAUGGUGUCCCAAACUUGACUAGUUGGUAUUGGUAGACUACAUGUGGAAUGCCACUUCAUUUCAACAUUUUUAUUUAUUCAAUUUAUUUAUUUUUUGAAAUAAAAUAAGAUUUAUUUA